AUGGCUCGCCAGGCUGCUCUACUCGCCCUUGCAACUUUCUCGUCUCUCUCUAUCGCGCAAAUCUCAGACGGUUUUGAGGAUGGGUGGAACCAGAGUACAUGGCCCACCUAUGCGCCCGAUUGCAACCAGGGCGGAACUGUUAGUCUGGACACCACAGUAGCCCAUAGCGGCAGCAAUUCUAUGAAGGUCGUUGGUGGCGCAAAUGGCUAUUGCGGACAUAUCUUCUUUGGCACUACCCAAGUGCCAACUGGUGACGUAUACGUUAGAGCCUGGGUUCAGCUUGAGACUGCUCUCAACAGCGACCACGUCACAUUCAUUGUUAUGCCAGAUACCGCACAAAGCGGUAAACACCUCCGCAUUGGUGGUCAAAGCGAAAUCCUCGAUUAUAACCGCGAAUCUGACGAUGCUACUCUUCCGGACCUAUCUCCACAGGGCAUUGCAUCUUCAGUCGAUCUGCCUACUGGCUCGUUCCAGUGCUUUGAAUACUACCUGGGCACUGACGGGACUAUCCAGACCUGGCUGAACAGCAACCUGAUCACGGGUAUGACUGCGGGGCCAAGUGCUAACAAUUCGAAUGACGCUGGCUGGACAAGAGAAACAUAUGUACCGGAUAUCACUGGUGUUUACUUUGGCUGGGAGGCCUACAGCGGAGACAUCAACACAGUCUGGUUCGACGACGUCGCGAUUGCGACGAGCCGCGUAGGAUGUGGCGGUCCUGCAUCAUCUGGAACCACCUCGGUUCGACCAACGUCAACUGCGCAUAGCACUACCUCCAACCCUGGCACCACCACAAAGCCAAGCACUACCAUUCCGCCAACAACUUCAAAGACAACAAGUUCUGCGGGAGCUACACAGACUAAAUACGGCCAGUGUGGAGGCCAAGGUUGGAGCGGACCGACUGUCUGCGCUUCUGGUUCGACAUGCACGUACUCGAAUCCGUAUUACUCUCAAUGCUUAUAA